UGCUUCCUCCAUCACCCACAAUCCCAUUGGUGACCUUGAGCACUCUCUCCCCAUCACAGCCACUUGUAGGGACUCUCCCACUUUCUGAGCAUCCCUGGGGGUCAGAUGGCCUUCCACUUUUCCUUCCACCUUCAUCCUCUUCAUCAGCCCCUGAUUCACCUCAUCCCAUCACCCCUUCUAAGCCUAUAGAACGACCCACCAAAGUGCCUUUGUUUCCCCAAAUCACACCAGCUGAUUCCUCUUCAGGUCAGAGCCUAGCUAAUGUCCUAAACCCAUAUUCUAACAGAAUGAACCACUUUCCAUCCAGAAAUAUCCAGGUUUUCAUCGGCACCCCUCUAGAUUUUUCCAGAACCUCAACAAAGCAACACUCUGAGCUAUCCCCAACAAAGGGUCCUCAUGCAGCAGGCUCCCCUACACCUGGGGUUUUGAGCUCCAUGGUAGAACUGGCCAAUCUGUCUCCUACUUCCCUGGCCCCUGGAGGUCUUCUCCAGCUUCCAAGUGUAACCAGGUCCAUGUUGGAGGCAGCUUCAAGUCCCACAUCCACCCAGCUGAUCCAUACUGCAGUAGCAGACAGAGGGAACAGUGGGGUGUCAUUGCCAACUUCUCAGAGCACAGCAACAGCGAGCCAUGUGGCUUGGCCUUCAUUCUUCCAGACUGCAGAUUUAGGGGCUGUAGCGAUGGCCAACAGAAAGCUAGCCCUUGGUACUCCUGCAGAUAGCUCUGCUAACUGGCCACAUUUGUCAGCAGCCUCAGAGAACUCCAAAGGGCCCACCCUCUCCCCAGAACAUGUCCCUUCCUCUUUGGUGCCUCCUCCUCUGCCUCUUACUACGCUAGGUCAAGGGCAAGUGGCCCCUUCUGGGGAAGCUCCUGCAUCACCAGUGAUGGGGACAGUUGACCUCUCCCCACUGCUUACUAUCCUCCAGCCCUCAGAGGAUCAUGCCUCUCUAUCCCCUGUGCCAGAGACGCCCAUUUCCCAGGAAGAUGGCCAUGAGGGGUCCACUCCUGCAGCCACACACUUCCUCCCCAGCAAAUUUCCUAGUCUUUUUACAACUUGGACAAUUCCCCUGCAAAAAGAGAACAGGGUGACAGCCAUUUUCACAAAAAAUAGAAAGACAAAUGCAACAGUUCCUCUGCAGGCCCUUCCAACUAAAGAAGUUUCAAGUGUUCACACUGUAAAUGGCUUCCCCUCUGAGUUUAGCACUGGUCCUAUUUCACCUCCCAUCAUGACAACACUAAGAGCAGACCUCCCUCCUUCAGGGUCGCCUCUGUCAUCUGUGCUCACCAUGCAAGCCACUCAGGCUGGUUCCUCUUCUCCCGGCUCUUCCAGCACCAGGCUGGACAGUUACACAGCUGCUGCGGGGCUGUUGGAGUUGCCAGCUUCAGCUUCCAAACAGGUGACAGCGCUUUCCUCUUCCACUGAAGUCUAUGAUUCCCCAACAAUAGGAGGCAUGGAAAAGCCGGCCACCACAGCUGUUUUCUGGAACUCUCUUUCAGCAGAAACUGGAUCCCUCUCCACACAAUUGACAAUAUCUGGCUCACAGCAGCAAGCACAUUAUGAUUUAAACACUCACACAAUUAACUCAGCAAGUUGGGAGCCCCAUUCAGCCACUCUUCCCAGCGUGGUAAUAUCAGCUGCCAAUGCAAUAAAAUCUCAGACUUUCAAAGAAACUACUGGACAGUCAGUAGCCACAGAAGACUUUAACAUUCAGGAUCUAGUCCUCAGUCAAAGUGCCAACCAGACUGUCCAGCAGUCAGAUGAGCCUGUGGUUGGAACCUAUACAGACAUCUUGCCCACAACCAAGCAUUCCAGAGAUACUGAGACAGCAGUGGUUGAAUAUUACCCACCCAUAAGGCAGCAUUCUAUUUCAGAGCCCCACCUUCAGCUACCUAUCCAAGCAGCCCACCUUCUGUGGCCAACGUGGCCAAGUCUAACUUCUACAGCUAGGUUGCCUCAAAUGCUUUCAGAUGGAAUAGGCACAGGUUCCCAGAUUUCCGGUGACAUCUAUUCAUCACCUGGGAACAAUGCUUCCCCACCAUUCCAGAGUGUCCUGGAAUAUCACUCAACUGCUGACUCUCCUCCUAUAUCAACCAGUGCCUUUUCCAGGACCCCCUCCAAAGUCCUGCGAACUUCUCAGCGCCCCAAGAAAUGGACAGGUGCAGCCACUAAUGCAAGUAGUUUGUUUCCUGGUACCCAGAAAACAGUGGACGCCUCAGUGUCAUCCAAAAUAGAACCAACAGCAGCAACAGCAGCAGCCACCACAUUGUUGCUGAGGAAGUCAAGUCCGGCAGCACUGUCUGCAGCCCUCACUGCAAAGGGCACUGGCAGCAGCGGCUUAGUCAAGAGCAGCUCAACCACUGCUUUAGCUAGAAAUAUCACCAACAAGGCAGCAGUGGGCCCAAAGGUGAUAGGGGGGGCAGUCCACACAGCCUACCCAUUCACACCAACCUACGUGCUUACCCGAACAGCCCACACCAUGAGUACACACACAGCCAUGCAAGGAACCACAGGCUCUGCCUCAGGCCUGUUGUCUACAACACACCUCCCCAGGAAACCACAAGCCAUGCACACUGGUCUCCCCAACCCCACCAAAUCAGAGAUGCCCAGAGCAUCCACGCCCCGCCCACUGACAGUCACAGCAGCGCUGACAUCAAUUACAGCAUCAGUAAAGGCUACGCGGCUGCCACCUUUGCAGACAGGAAACACAGAUGCGGCUCUUCCUGCUGUGUCCACUGCAAUAGUCACAACUGGCAAAAUGGCAUCCAGUUUGGACUGUCAGAUGUCCCCCAAGCUCCUUGUGAAGACAGUUCUCUUUAUAAGCCAGAGGAGAGUGCAGAGCACUGAGUUCUUGAAGCUCAGUGUAGCCAAAGGGCUCACACAGGCACUGCGGAAGGCUUUCCACCAGAACGAUGUCUCUGCUCACGUGGACAUUCUGGAAUAUUCUCAUAACAUCACAGUUGGUUAUUAUGCUACCAAAGGGCGGCUGGUGUACUUGCCUGCUGUGGUGAUGGACAUGCUGGGUGUUUAUGGAGUCAGCAAUGUCACUGUAGAUCUGAAGCAGCACACCUCCAACUUACAGUCUGUGGCAGUCCUGGCCUCCCCAUGGAAGCCCCAGCCUGAAGGCUACUUCCAGCUGAAAACAGUGCUGCAGUUUGUGAGCCAAUCAGACAACAUACAGUCCUGCAAGUUUGCCCAGACAAUGGAGCAGAGGCUGCAGAAGGCGUUCCAGGAUGCAGAGAGAAAGGUCCUCAACACCAGAAGCAACCUGACGGUUCAGAUCCUGAGCACAUCCAACGCCUCCCAGGCCGUGACCUUGGUGUAUGUUGUGGGCAACCAGAGCUCGUUCCUCAACGGCACGGUGGCCAGCAGCCUCCUUAGCCAGCUCUCCGCUGAGCUGGUGGGAUUCUACCUCACCUACCCUCCACUCACCAUCGCUGAACCAUUGGAAUAUCCCAACCUUGAUACAUCAGAAACAACGAGAGACUACUGGGUCAUCACAGUACUGCAGGGCGUGGACAACUCGCUGGUGGGCCUGCACAACCAGAGCUUUGCCCGGGUCAUGGAGCAACGUUUGGCCCAACUGUUCAUGAUGUCCCAGCAACAGGGCCGGCGGUUUAAACGGGCCACCACCCUGGGAAGCUAUACUGUGCAGAUGGUGAAGAUGCAGCGUGUGCCAGGACCAAAGGACCCAGCGGAGCUGACUUACUACACACUGUACAAUGGGAAGCCGCUACUGGGCACUGCAGCAGCCAAGAUCCUGAGCACCAUUGAUUCCCAGAGGAUGGCCUUGACUCUGCAUCACGUUGUUCUCCUGCAAGCUGACCCUGUGGUGAAGAACCCACCCAAUAACCUGUGGAUCAUCGCCGCAGUACUGGCACCCAUUGCCGUGGUCACAGUCAUCAUCAUCAUCAUCACUGCUGUGCUCUGCAGGAAGAACAAGAACGACUUUAAGCCAGACACCAUGAUAAACCUGCCUCAGAGGGCAAAGCCUGUGCAAGGCUUUGACUAUGCCAAGCAGCACCUGGGCCAGCAAGGGGUAGAUGAGGAGGUCAUCCCUGUGACUCAGGAGACGGUGGUCCUUCCCCUUCCUGUCAGAGAUACUCCUCAGGAAAGAGACACAGCUCAGGACGGGAGCACCAUCAAGACGGCUAAGUCCACAGAAACCAGAAAGAGCAGGUCGCCCAGUGAGAAUGGCUCUGUCAUCAGCAACGAAUCAGGGAAGCCCAGCUCAGGGAGGCGCUCACCCCAGAACCUAAUGGCACAACAGAAAGUGACAAAGGAGGAGACAAGGAAGAGAAAUGUGACAGCAAGUGACGAAGAGGAGGGAGCAGGUCUUUUUGACAACUCUGGCAAGGCGGCAGCAGAUCCUUUCGACACGUCUUCUGGGUCUGUGCAGCUUAUUGCGAUCAAACCUGCAGCCCUACCUGUGGUGCACCCCACCGCGGACAGGAGCCAGGAGUCCUCCGCAGUCCUCAAUGGUGAGGUGAACAAGGCUCUAAAGCAGAAAUCAGACAUUGAGCACUACCGGAACAAGCUACGCCUGAAAGCCAAGAGGAAGGGAUACUAUGACUUCCCUCCGGUGGAGACAAGCAAAGGCCAGACGGAAAGAAAAAAGAUAUACGAGAAAGCCCCAAAGGAAAUGGAGCAUGUUUUGGACCCAGACCCAGAACUAUGUGCUCCCUUUGCUGAGUCUAAAAACAGGCAACAGAUGAAGAACUCUGUCUACCGAAGCCGGCAGUCUCUGAACAGCCCCAGUCCAGGAGAAACCGAGAUGGACCUUCUGGUUUCGCGGGAGCGACCCCGGCGUGGAAUACGGAACAGCGGAUAUGACACUGAGCCUGAAAUCAUAGAGGAAACCAAUGUUGACAGAGUGCAUGAGCCCCGGGGCUACGGCCGGGCCCGGCAGGUAAAGGGCCACUCGGAGACCUCUACACUGAGCUCACAGCCUUCCAUCGAUGAAGUCCGGCAACAGAUGCACAUGCUGUUGGAGGAGGCCUUCAGCCUGGCUUCUGCAGGUCAUGCAGGCCAGAGCCGGCAUCAGGAGGCCUAUGGCUCCACUCAGCAUCUGCCCUACUCAGAAGUGGUGACGAGCGCUCCAGGGACCAUGACACGGCCCAGGGCAGGGGUGCAGUGGGUGCCCACCUACCGUCCAGAAAUGUACCAAUACAGUCUGCCCCGGCCGGCUUACCGGUUUUCCCAGCUUCCUGAAAUGGUCAUGGGCUCUCCCCCUCCACCUGUACCUCCUCGGACUGGUCCUGUGGCUGUUACUUCCCUCAGACGGUCGACCUCAGACAUCGGUAGCAAGACGCGCAUGGCCGAGUCCUCUGGGCCUGAACCCGCCCAGUUGCAUGACAGUGCCUCAUUUGCCCAGGUGUCCAGAGGUCCUGUGUCUGUGGCGCAGUUGGAUCAGUCGGCUUUAAAUUACUCAGGUAACACAGUACCGGCAGUGUUUGCCAUCCCAGCAGCCAACAGACCUGGCUUCACUGGCUACUUCAUCCCAACGCCUCCCUCAUCCUACAGGAGCCAGGCCUGGAUGUCCUACGCAGGAGAGAACGAGCUCCCAAGCCAGUGGGCUGAUUCGGUCCCCCUUCCUGGGUACAUCGAGGCCUACCCCAGGUCACGGUAUCAGCAGAGCUCACCCUCCAGGCUCCCUCGCCAAUACAGCCAGCCAACCAACCUGCACCCCAGCCUUGAGCAGGCCCCUGUCCCCUCCACAGCUGCCUCACAGCAGAGCCUGGCAGAAAAUGAGCCUCCUGACACUCCACUGACCAACAUCUCUACCGCAGCCCUCGUGAAGGCUAUCCGGGAGGAGGUAGCCAAGCUGGCUAAGAAGCAGACAGACAUGUUUGAGUUCCAGGUCUAACACCUCAGCCCUGAGGGACUCUUGUACUUAUAGACCAUAAGGUAACAAGGAGGCUUUGGGUUUCUCUCUCCUAAUGUGAGGGGGACUCCAAACAUAGACAAUUGGUGGGUCAUUCUCACCACUCACAAGUUGUGAAAGGUGAACAGUGGGGCUGCUGGGAAACAGGAAACUCAUGAAUGACUGAAUUUUGACUUCUGCAGCAGACUGUGGGUCAACAAGUCCCUGAUUGGGCUCCUGUGUUUGAUAUUCUGUUGGGUUGAAUGUUUGAACUGUGGGUGGAAUUUCUAAGGAGCCCUGGGUUGUAAGAGGCACUAGCUAACCUACAGGUUCCUGACCAGUGUCCCAUUUUAAUAAAUCCCUAGAAGGGAGAGAAUGUUGCUCAGUUUUCAGUGACCUCUGCAUGUUAACUCCUUCUGUGUUAAACAGGAGUAGGAAUUAAGCACCAGACUGUACUCUCUCAUUGGGCCAUGACCAUGAUUGCUAAGAAUCAUCUCUAGUCUGUACGGGAGACAUUGACUCCAGCCAAGAAACUCAAGUCCCUUUGCUUUUAAAGGCUCGUAUUCAAAGUCAAAUGAUGAAAAUCAGUUCCAAUGGCUGUGCCUAUAAAUAGUACUGUCUUUUCCCACCUGUUAAUUAAAGGCCAAGAAAGAGAAGAUGAGCCUGAAUGGUGGAUUUGUGUUGACAGGCUUUUAAAAAAGUGUUGUCAUUUUAAAAAUAGAGUGUCCUACAAGUUGGAAUCUAUCUGAGAGAGAAUCAGUGCUAAGAGCUUUAGAAUCCUACAAAAGAAAAGCAAAUAUUUGUGCAGUUUCUCCUUGCCUGUAUUGAAGAUGGCUUGAGAACAAAGCUGCUCUCUUUCGGGGAAUAAUAGAUCAACUUUUACAAGAAGACCUGUCUCUUCACCAGUGAUGUCCAGCACACACUGCUGAGUGAUAUGAAAGAAAACCAUUGUUGAUCCCCAUUGGAGAUGGGAGAGAUGGAUCCACAGUCAUCCCAGGCUACAGCCUCUGUUUCUGGAAGCUUCUGGAUAUAGAAAAUUUGAUCUGAGUUUAAACAUAAAUAAUCUUUUUUAAAAGUAUAUGGAUAUCAUCAGUUAUCUGUAGUUGACGGGCAUAGGAGGACAUUUGCUGAGAUGUCAGGGUUGUUACCUUGAACUUUGAUGCCCUGUGUCCCUGUCCCUGGCAUGGAGCAUCAGCCCACAGAGUAUGGUAGAGACACUGCCUUGCAACACUGGAGUGCCAGCCACUGACUACCUUUCAGCACAAGCAAAAUUGAUUUGGGUACCAUAAAGAAAGGGAGCCCUAAGUUCUCUCCUCAGCUUUGGGAGCGAUGUAUGUUGUCAGAAUGCUUGCUUGGUGUCUGUUGGAGAACAUGGUCCUGUCCUGCCUUCACCUGUGACCCAUCUAGCUUCAGCUCUUCCCAUACCCUUGUGAACCCAUCUGUCCAUUGCCUUGAUGAGUUUCUUUGGUCUUUAUUGAAAGAAGAGAAUAGAAACUUAUGCGUUGAGAGGAUUAGGAUUAAACUGAUUAGAAUGGGAGAUUCAAACUGUCAAAGCACAGACUUUCCCAAGAAGCUGUUUCUAUUUCCCAAUGACAAAUUGUCCUUUCUGAAAUGUUCAGAGAUAAUAUGUCAUGGAAUCCCCAACAGGUCUCUUGUUGGGAUGAUACUAGUAGUGUCCUUUUAGUAUGCUGGUUGAUCUUUCAUAGUGUUAGUUUUUUGUUACUUAAAAAGAAAUCAGCUAUAAAUAAAAUGUAUUUUUGUAAUUUCCAUGUGUAUAUAUGGUAUAUUUCUACCAAUGGCCAGUUGUUGUAGUCCAAAACUUAAAUCAGCUUGUAGAACACUGUGGACAGUGCAAGAUUUUAUCAACAGAUUAACACGAUGCCUAAGUCUAUCCAAACAGGCAUUUGAUGCACUUGAAUGAACAAAGAGCCAAAGAAACUCAGCCUUUUCAUGCAAAUGGUAGAAGUCUGAUAAAGUCAGCUACAUUAUCCCACCUUAUCAAUAAUACCAAUAUUCCAUCAGUGCAGUGAUACAGCCACACAGUACUUUGUCUACUUGGUAAAUGCCUGGAUAUGCUGAAAGUGAAAAGGGAAGUUUUAAGACCAUAGAGUGGAGAUGUAUCUAUGCUUUAAAGACAGCCUCUGAGCUUUGGCUAUCCCAGUAACUUCCAGAUGAUGAAUCUGUAGUUGGCAGUGGUAUGGCUCCAGAUUGCUAGGGGGCUGGAGCUACAACUCACUGGAGUCCUCGUAGAACCCCCAUGAAAGGUUUCAUUCAUUGAGACAACUGAAGUACAGCAUGCUAAAUCAGACUCUUAGACUCGACACCAUAGAUUCAAAAGGUCUAUGCAAAGAAAACGAUACAUUUAAAAGAAAUGAAUGUUUGUGUUUUUCCACCAAUGGGAAGACACCUUCCAUUAUUACAUUUUUCUGUGACUAAGAUGUGGUCCCUUCUCUAAAGAGUCUCCUGACCUGGACAAGAGACUGAGAAAUCCAGGUGGUUAAAUCACAUCAUGGCUGUGAAAAUGGGAUUCCGUGAGAGCCCAGAAGAAGCGGCAAUGAACUUGGUUUUGCCGUGAUCCUCCAGUCAGUCACGGAAGCCAUAAAGAAUCUCAGUGACCUUGAAGGAAGAAGCAGAAGCCCAGAUGAAUGGGGAGCUAAUGCCGAGCCUGCUGACUCAUGCCCCAGCCUGCUCCAUUUCACCAUGCUGCCUGGAUGCUUGUUGGUGACACAUUUCUUCAACUGUGCCCAGAAGUUUAAAAAGUCAAAUGUCAAAUGAAAGAUUCCAUAAUGUUCCUGCCAAAAAAAAAAAAAAAAAAAAAAAACAGGCUGAGUACGUACUGACCUUCACACACAGUUCAGAGAACCAUACCUUUAUGGCAUAAUAAUUUUUUUGGCCCUGGUUUUGAUACAACUUUUCUUCAUGAAUGAAAAAGAAAUCAAUUUGGCUUUUUCCAGAGAGUACCACUGAGGAAAUGGUGUCUUCUGUUACCAUUCAAACCUGCAGGGGUGACUUCCUUGUUCAGUGCCGUGGGUCAAACAGGCAGGUAGGGAUGCCCUCACAGCUUGUCAUUGGGAGGUAAGAGGUGUCAUGCUCUGUAUCAGGAAACCUAGCGGGGCCACAACAUUAAGGUCUAUUGUGUGGCCAGGUACCAUGACCUGGGUACCGGAACAAGAUGGCAGCUGUUAAGUAUGAAGCAAAAAGCGGCCUCUUAGUGCCAGGAGAAGUGAUACUGUUCCUUUGUUAUUUUGAGCCCAGCAAAAAAGGUGUGCAAUUUCUGGAUAUUCUUGAUUUAAGAAAGGAAAUGGUUAGAUCUGUAAUUAAAAGAAAAGAAAACCUUGUCUGAGAAUGUGUGGAGUGGAAGAGAUGCAGAAUUCUAAUACCUAACUAAAAGAAAUGCUUUCCUAUGAGGCAGAAAUUGGAGAAACAGAUAAAAAAUUUUAAUAUUGAUUACAUAAAAAUAACCCUCACUGUUUUUCUAUAUAGCACACAAGUGCUCAAAGUUCAGUAAAUAACUAACAAAUUGUUUUAACUUGAGGAAAAGAUAUGAACCUAAUCCUGAAAUCAUAGUUUGGGCUUCCCUUACAAAUUAUAGCCCGAGACUCUUAAGGAAUAAUUAUCAUCUAGCUUGGAAUAAUCACUGACUGGGGUCCAAAGUAUCAGAAGUAAACUUCUGCCAUUUAGGCUGGGCAUGGUAAUGCACCCCUUUCGGGAGGCAGAGGCAGGCAGAUCACUGUGAAUUUGAGGCCAUCCUGAUCUUCAUAAUGAGUUCUUACCAAUUGGAACUACACAGUGAGACCCUGUCCAAAAAGAAAAGAAAAGAAAAAUCUGCCAUUUAGACCAACCUCAGAAUGUUCUAACCUCAGAACUUCUCAAGGACUAGAAAUCCACUCACCCUUGCUUCAGUACAGGGACCAACUGAAAGACAUAGGGACAAGUGAUAGAAACAAAGCUCCCUGCAGCAGGCAAGGGACAAGGCAUCCAGGCAUCCCUCCUCACGCCUGCGCUCUGGCUCUUCCUUGGGCACUCUCCUCACCAGCUUCCCUCUCUGUCUCUCUCAGCACAUCUGCUCUUUCCUCUUGCUUUACCCAACCAGCUUACUCAUUCGUGCAUAUGGAGCUAAAUACCCACCUCAGGACUCACACCAUACCUUUUCUUCCUAGUGCCCACUACUCUCUGACUGAUGUCUCUGUGCCCUUCUAGGCAAAUGCUUGAGAAUCUCUGACUAGUUCAGUUCAUACCUGCCAGUGGAUGAGCUGCCCUGGGGAUAGCUGGCCGUCCAUUAGGCUGUAAGCAAGGAGGCAGGGUUGUGUCCUAAGGGCACGAUCCCUGGAUUGACCCAUUCAGCAAGGGCUCUUGUUAAGGACUGGUACCCAGAGGAAAGAGCAUGUUUGUGCAGGACUUCCAAAGGCGAUCUGCGGAGACUGGAACUGACCAUACUCCUAAAAUGCCACGUGGCAGCCAGCAGUCGAAGGGCAGUCUGUCUGGAUACUGCCCCUGCAAGGAAAAGGCAUCCCUCACUUGUACAUCAGGUGAGAAUGCAUGUGUUUGAACCCCUGACAGACUGGCCAGACUCCCCCAGCCACUUCCCACCCCCACAUUAAGUUACUGAAUACUGCUGCUGGGCCCGAGAAGAGAUCUCUAACCAAGGCCCAGUUAGCACAAUGUCUUGCUCAGCAGACAAUAAAUACUUGUAAAUUGAAUUGCAUGAUCUUAGCUCAGGUGCUAUUAAUGUGGCUCACAGCCACACACUUGCAUGGAUGAGAAAACUGAUGAGCCUUGCAAUAGAGUCUUUUGAAACAAAAUUGGUUUCAAGUGAAACUGAUAUUAUCAUGGCUCUGACCUUCCGGCUAUAAGUUAGUAUCCUGAGAACUGAAAGGUUUUUGAUUGCUUAAGUGAACUGUUACAGAACCCUAGGUGGUGGUCAAUACUGAAAUGUAGGGUGUUUCUGUAAAGGAAUAUUUAGGAAAUAUAAUUGUACCAGAAACAAAUUCCCUUAAAAGAUAUUGAGCUGCUUUGAUGUUGUUUCAAAAAUAAGGAAAUUUUGAGAAGGUGGAAUUUGUACCCUGAGGUCAAACCCCUACUUGAGUGAAAGCCAUUCUGUAAGGAAAUCUAGAAAUUGAUUAUUCCCAUUUUAUGGCCUCAAUCAGACUCUGUAAAUUUUGGAAAGAGGCCAUCAAUGUAUUUUACAUAAUUAACUAUGGCCUCACCUCCCACUCCUUCAUCUUCUUAAGUCUAAACUCAUCUCUGCCAUCACAAACAAGUGAAGGAAAGAAAAAAAUGUACCGAACAAAACCAGAGGAGAAUCAUCGGACUGGAAAUUCUGAAAAGGUGUAAAUAUUCUAGGUAUUGAGUGUCUCACUUUAAACUAGUCUGUAAUUCCCCAUCUGUCAAAUGGGUAUAAUAACAUCUGUACUUCCUACCUCCCGUGGUGGUUGUGAGGAGCACUCGCAUAAUGUAUCUGAAAAUGGUUUGGAAAGUAUAUUAGAAGGAUUUAUUACUAAAAUUAUUCAUUUCACAAUUCAGUCUUAUCCAGCUCCUGCUAUUCACUGAAUUAAUUUGUAGUGUCAUGUAUUCUAUGACACAACUUCUUAUCAAGGAAAAAUAAGAAAUUCUGAAGUCUGUAAUUGCCCACGAAAGUCAGCCCCAGAUGGCGUUGCUGUUAUCGUUAUUUGUCAGCUGUGGUUGGGAAGAUGUGUUAAGUGCUUCCACAUGUGCUUUGACUCUGGGUGAAAAAUAAACCCAGGCUGGCGAUUCUCUAAAAUCACUUUAGAUGCAUCGGGCAGAGUACUGAACAGAAGCUCCGAAUGUAGCUGUUGUUAUUUCAAUGCUUUGCUUUCUAAUUAACUUUAUACGUCCUUUGCCUCUGCCGGGAACAGAGUGUUCAUAUGCUGUUAGAAUUUUUUAUUGUAAAAUAAAAUGACAAAUGCUUUCAUACCCC